AUGCCGGUUAUCGAGGGUCACGUUCGAGCUGAGCACACUUCUUCAGAUUCACUGAACUGGAGGCUAGCAGUCCAUAUCUAUAGGAAGAGGAAAGAAGCCUCUCUUCAUAGUCAAGUCACUAAAGGGACAUUGACACAGUCGGAGGUGGCCCAAAAGAAGGGGAAGGAGAUGGAAGAGCAGGACCCAGAAGGACCUGGAGCUUUGGAGUUGGCAAGCAAAGGCUUCCAUCCCACCCUAGCUGGGAGCAACGUUGAAUUCUGGGAAUGCCCUGUGCCAGAGGUCCUGCCUAAGGACACCGUGACCUCAGACACACAUUUCCAAACCUUCACACAGUUCUGCUACCUUGAGGCUGAUGGACCCCGAGAAGUUUGCAACCAGCUCCAUCACCUUUGCAACCACUGGCUGGAGCCGGAGAGGCGCACCAAGAAGCAGGUCCUGGACGUGGUGGUUCUGGAGCGGUUCUUGGCCCUCCUGCCCCAGGAAAUGCAGUGCUGGGUCAGAGGAUGUGGGCCGGAGAGCAGUUCCCAGGCGGUGGCCUUGGCCGAAGGUUUCCUCCUGAGUCAGGCAGAGGAGAAGAGGCAGGCAGAGCAGCAGAUGUGGGGACCAUCGGUGAAGGCAGAAGCUGCAUUCUCUGGGGCAGACGGAGCUUCCUUGGAGCAAGGGCAGAGGGCGCAGGCCCAGGAGGGUGCCCAAGAUGCCCUCUCCUCUGGCAGUGGAGAGAUGCUGUUGAGCUGCUAUCUUUCUGGAGGUGUGGAAACGGCUGCUUUACCUCCAGUCCAGUUCCCCAUUUCCUUUGAGGAGGUGUCUGUCUGCUUCACCCCAGCAGAGUGGGCCCUGCUGGAUCAGGGCCAGAGGACUCUCUACAGGGAAGUCAUGCGGGAGAACUAUGGAAGCGUCAUCUCUCUGGGUGUCCCGGCCGGAGGCAAAGGUGGAGAUGAAAGAGACCCUGAGAAAGAAUCCUGA